UUGACCUAUAACAUGCGGUCGAGGUUGUUCUAAAUUUUUUGAAUAAUGAACAAAGUCUAGUUAGAUAUAACAGAAGAUGUAUACAUCAGUGUACUCGUUAAUUUUAUUUACGUUAUUAUUUAAUGAUCAAAUUAAAAAGGGACUUUUAGACGUAACACAUCUAACAUUAGAGGAUGCAAAAUGUUUUCCAUACGGCUUUAACUUUGAUUACGAGGAACAGGAGUUUGUCCACUUGGUUGUGAUUCCCUACCUCGAAAUUAAGUCAAUCGAAGAACUCAGCCACCUAAAUCUAAUUCCCAUCGACAAUCCGCGCUAUAAUGAGUUUUUGAGUUGUAUGUGGAAGAAUAAGCGAUUUCAAAGCUAUAAUGGCGCGAUUAACUACGAGGCGAUUGAGAAGGCGUUAAGUGCUUCGAUGGGCAGAGAUGUGGGGGACACAGGACCGGGCAUACUUCUAAGCAAAAUGGAAGGAUCGAGAAUUGUAAUGAUCUGCAGGGAUUUGGGCGGAUAUACUCACGGACAAAGAGUUGUAUUAGUGAGAAAUUGCAUUCUUCAGGAGCUGAAGAAGUUCGUUCAAAAGCAGAAUGGUCGGAGGUAUUCCAACAAUUUAGGUACUUAUUAUCAUAAAUGACACUGUGAGAGGCCAAAUAAAGGAAUGUAGCUGAUAAAAAAUGUUUGCAAUCUUCGUAAUCUUAAGCUCGCGCACAUAUGCUAAAGCUGUAAAAGGACUAAACAAACCUAUGCUCUCCUUCAAAAUCUAUGCCACCAUCUGCAUCAUUGUGAAACUGUCCACGAGACUAAGUUUAAUAAAAUAAAUUGUAAAGAGUGUGACUUUUUAAGGGAGGGACAUCUUCCUGGCGGCACAUGCAACACAAAUUAGUAAUCUGGUCUAUUGCUUUGAAUAAAAAUACCCAAUUUAUUUUUA